GAUGAGAGCGCUAAUUUAGUCUAACGAUGUGGUCGAGUGGAGAUAUUAACCUGACGGUGGGAAUUGCCCUCCUGGCCAUUGCAGGCGUUGUCCAGGCAGCUCCACCCAUGGGCCGUGUGGUCAAUGGAACGGAUUCCAGUGUGGAGAAGUAUCCUUUUGUGAUUUCAAUGCGAGGUCCUACUGGCUCCCAUUCCUGCGGCGGUUCUAUUAUUUCCAAGCAGUUUGUCAUGACUGCCGCCCAUUGCACCGCUGGACGCACUGCUGCACAGCUCAGCGUCCAAUAUGGAGUGACCACCAUCAAUUCGGCAGGUCCGAAUGUCGUUCGUGUCAAGAAGAUCAUUCAGCAUGAGGGAUAUAACCCGAAUAACAACUAUGCCAAUGAUAUUUCCCUGCUGAUGUUGGAGGAACCUUUAAAAUUCGAUGGCGUCACUGUGGCUGCCGUAAAAUUGCCCGAGCUUGCUUUUGCCACACCUCAAACAGACGCCGGUGGCGAGGGAGUGCUCAUCGGUUGGGGUCUAAAUGCGACCGGUGGCUACAUCCAAAACAAUCUGCAGGAGGUGGGUCUGAAGGUCUACUCGGAUGCAGAGUGCACUCUCCGGCAUGAGGGCAGAACAGAUCCUAGAUACCACAUCUGUGGCGGAGUGGAUGAGGGCGGUAAGGGUCAGUGCAGUGGGGAUUCUGGUGGUCCGCUGAUCUACCAAGGUCAGCAGGUGGGCAUCGUGUCCUGGAGCAUCAAGCCUUGCACUGUGGCCCCCUUUCCUGGUGUCUACUGCAAGGUGAGCCAGUAUGUUGAUUGGAUCAAAAAGAAUCAAAUCAUAUUGGCCUAGUCAUACCCAUUAUCGGUUAAUUGAUAUAAGGCAGCAAUAAAUCACUGAUUAAAUGGAUUUGA